AGACAAGGGAGUGUGGCAUUGCACAAAGAGCAAUAAAAACAGAAGAUCAACAAGGAGCCAGCCACAAACCUUGUCUCUCUCCCGGUCCCAUCUCUGCGUUUGGUCGGUCGGUUGGGUUGAUCUCAGUCAUUCGUUUUCUUUUGUGAAGAGCGCGGUGUGCUUAACCGGCAAGAGCGGAGGCAAUGGCGAGCUUUUCGGGAACCACACAAAAGUGCAUGGCUUGUGAGAAGACCGUUUAUCUUGUAGACAAGCUUACAGCUGAUAAUAGAGUGUUCCAUAAGGCUUGCUUCCGGUGCUACCAUUGCAAGGGUACUCUCAAGCUUAGCAACUAUUGCUCCUUUGAGGGAGUGCUAUACUGCAGGCCUCACUAUGACCAACUCUUCAAGAGAACUGGCAGCCUAGACAAGAGCUUUGAGGGAACUCCAAAAGUAAAACCAGAAAAACCCACUGAAACUGAGAAUGCAAAGUCAGUGUCCAACAUGUUUGGUGGCACCAGAGACAAAUGUUCAGGCUGUACCAAGACUGUUUACCCCAUUGAAAAGGUAACGGUGAACGGGACGGCCUACCACAAGACCUGCUUCAAGUGCACCCAUGGAGGCUGCACAAUAAGCCCAUCAAACUACAUAGCACAUGAGGGAAAGCUGUACUGCAAGCACCAUCACAUUCAACUAUUCAUGGAGAAGGGAAACUACAGCCAGCUUGAAACUGAGAGGCAAAAAAAUUCUGUGUCAAUGAAUCUAACUUCUCCAGUGGAAAUUGCAGCUGAAUCAUAGUCUGUAAUUGGGACUAAUAUCUCAAAAUUGUUUCUUUCUGGU